AUGGAACCAAGGAACAAUGUGACUUUCUUUGUCUUCACGGGACUCACACAGAACCCAGAGGAACAGAAAGUGCUUUUUGUGAUGUUCCUACUCUUCUACAUUUUCACCAUGGUAGGCAACCUGCUCAUUGUUGUGACUGUUACUGUCAGUAAGACCUUGAACUCACCGAUGUAUUUCUUUCUUGCUUGUUUAUCCUUUAUGGAUGUCAUUUAUUCCUCAUCCAUAUCCCCCAAAUUGAUUUCGGACUUGUUCUUUGGAGAAAAUAUCAUAUCUUUUCAAUCCUGUAUGACUCAGCUUUUUAUAGAGCACUUUUUUGGUGGGUCAGAGAUCUUUCUUCUGGUGGUGAUGGCCUAUGACCGCUAUGUGGCCAUCUGUAAACCCUUGCAUUAUUUGGUUAUCAUGAAGCAACGAGUGUGUGUUGCUUUGCUGGUGGUAUCCAUGGUUGGAGGAUUUUUGCACUCAGUCAUUCAGCUUAGCACUAUUUAUGGGCUCCCAUUCUGUGGCCCCAAUGUCAUUGAUCACUUUUUCUGUGACAUGUAUCCCUUAUUGGAACUUGUCUGUAUGGAUACCUAUGUCAUUGGCCUCUUAGUUGUGGCCAAUGGAGGACUGAUUUGUAUAAUCGUAUUUCUGGUUUUAGUCAUCUCAUAUGGUGUUAUCUUGUACUCUCUAAAGAACCUUAGUCAGGAAGGGAAGCGAAAAGCUCUUUCGACCUGUGGUUCCCACAUCACUGUAGUUGUCUUCUUUUUUGUUCCCUGCAGUUUUAUGUAUGCAAGACCUGCUAAGACUUUUCCCAUUGACAAAUCAUUAAGUGUAUUUUAUACAGUCAUAACCCCGAUGCUGAAUCCCUUAAUCUAUACACUGAGAAAUUCAGAGAUGAAAAAUACUAUGAAGAAGGUAUGGAGAAGAAAAAUAUCAAGAAGUGAUUAG